UGAGUACGGACGUCGCCAUCUUGUUGUGGGAUGGGGGAGGAGAGAGCGAGGGAACCGGCAGUCGGGCGGAGCUGAUCAAAAUCCGUUUCCAUCCGCUCUUUAUGUGAGGAUGAAGGUUCGCCUCUCUCACAUCAUCCUCUUCUGUGGGCUCUGCUCUCCCUUGGUGCCGGUGUAUGGCAACUCCCUGGUGAACGAGGAUGUCAGACGCUCGAUAGAUUUAGCGACCCAUUUGGCCAAAAUCACGGCCGAUGUGACGCUGUCCAACAGCGGGCCUUCCCCGGCUUCAUCCUUCAUCCUGGCGGUGGAGCCGGGCCUGGAGAACCACUUGGCCUACAUAGGAGUCACCCUGAAAACUGAUGAAGAAGAAGAAACCUCAUUGGUUUUGGAAGAAACACGUAUCAAAGGGCAAAGCGGCAAAUUCUUCAAAGUGAAGCUGGGAACGCAGUUGGCAGUUGGUGUCAAAGUCAAACUCGCACUUGAAUCCACGUUCACACACGUUUUGCAGCCUUUCCCAACCCACAUUGCCCAGGCUGAGAAACAGUUUGUCGUCUUUGAGGGCAACCAUUACUUCUACUCGCCGUAUCCCACCAAGACCCAGACCACUCGGGUCAAGCUUGCUUCAAGGAACAUCGAAAGUUACACUAAGCUCGGUAAUCCUAGCAAAUCGGAGGACUCCAUUGAUUAUGGACCAUUCAAGGACAUUGCUGGCUUCAGCCAGGAUACAUUGAGGGUGCAUUAUGAGAACAACAGUCCUUUUCUGGCCAUCGUCAGUAUGACCCGGCUAAUUGAGGUAUCGCACUGGGGAAAUAUUGCUGUGGAGGAGACCAUUGACCUGAAACACUGUGGCGCGGUCCUAAAGGGACCAUUCUCACGCUAUGACUAUCAGAGACAGCCUGACAGUGGGAUCUCCUCAGUUAAAUCUUUCAAGACCAUCCUGCCUGCUGCAGCCCAGGACGUAUACUAUCGUGAUGAUAUUGGAAACAUCUCCACCAGCCACCUGAUUGUUCUGGAUGACUCUGUGGAGAUGGAGGUCCGUCCACGUUUCCCACUGUUUGGCGGCUGGAAGACUCACUAUGUCAUUGGAUACAACCUGCCCAGCUACGAGUAUCUUUAUAAUCUCGGUGACCAGUAUGCGCUGAAGAUGAGGUUCGUUGAUCAUGUAUUUGAUGAUCAAGUAAUUGAUUUUCUGACUGUGAAACUUAUCCUUCCAGAGGGAACGAGGAAUAUUCAUGUGGACACUCCAUAUGAGAUAGACCGAAAGCCCGAUGAGCUUCACUAUACUUAUCUGGACACUUUUGGACGACCUGUCAUUAUUGCUCACAAGUCUAACCUGGUGGAGCAACACAUUCAGGAUAUUGUAGUCCACUACACGUUCAACAGGAUUCUGAUGCUGCAGGAGCCCCUGCUUGUGGUUGGAGCUUUCUACAUUCUCUUCUUCACCGUCAUAAUUUACGUACGUUUGGAUUUCUCUAUCACAAAGGACCCAGCAGCAGAAGCCAGAAUGAAGGUGGCUUCAAUUACAGAGCAGGUUCUGACUUUGGUGAACAAGAGACUGGGAUUGUAUCGCCAUUUUGAAGAGGCUGUGAACAAAUACAAGCAGUCGAGGGACGUUGGCACACUGAACAGUGGCCGCAAGACUCUGGAGACAGAACAUAGAGGGCUCUCCGCUGAUAUAACCUCCCUGCAAUCCAAGCUAAAGGCCGAGGGAUCGGAUCUGGCUGAGAAGGUGGCUGAGAUUCAAAAACUGGAUGGCCAGGUGAAGGAUCUGGCACUGAAGGCUUCUCAAGAAGCCGAACGGCUGGUGGCUGGCAAAGUGAAGAAGGACACGUACAUAGAAAGUGACAAACACCUCUCCUCCAAGCGGCAAGACCUGGUGUCCAAGAUCGAUGCUAUCCUGGACACCUUGUAGUAGCAAUCAGCAAAGCCCUGUGUGCAUUUGAUUAAUCACCUGCUCUCCUGUAAAUGCAAGAUCAGAUGGUAUUAAAUCAGUUGUUUCUUUUUUUUUUCUCUUGAUGUGUAACAAGAGUCAAGUAUAAAUGGGUCAAGGGACAGUGACUGUUUCAGGCAUUGAAGUUUUUACGGCAUGUGGGAGAGAGGUUUUGUUGUCCUUUUCAAUUCUUAAGCAAUCUGCUCCCCUUGACCCUGACUGGUUUGAGGUGUUGACAGCAGCUGCCAAAAGAACCUGGUGUUGGAAAGGGGGCUGGAGGUUGGGAGAGGUGGAGAGAAUAUGGGUGGCUGUUAGCACAGAACAAGAUGCACUGUGAGGAGCUGUGUGUGUAAAUGAUCACUGUUCAUUUGAAGAACCUAUGCAGAUUAAAUGCUCCUGUUGUGGAAUCAUUUGAGAUUUUUAAAAAAUUUUUGUAACACAGAUAAGAAAAGGCUGUUUUUUUACUGUGAAUCUGUGAAACUGCCAACGCUCUGCAUGGCUGUUCCUGUCUUUUCCAUGCCAACUCAGCUUCCACCCCAACACCUUUUCUCUUUCCUUCUCCUACCCUACCCAACGUCUAAUACAAAUUUUCAACACACACUUGGAUUUUUUUUUAAAUGGAAGGAGCAAAAAUUAAAAGUACAACAAAACCAA